AUGGAGCCAAAUUCCGACGCAGGUGAACGAAUGGCAAGAAUCGCCGGCCACCUCAACCCUCCCGAUCUCCCGAUGAAUGAACAUGGUUCUUCCUCUUUGACGAGUUUCCAUUGCCGUGCCAAAGGUGGCGCACCUGGAUUCAAAGUUGCAAUUUUGGGUGCUGCUGGUGGAAUAGGACAGCCUCUUUCUAUGUUGAUGAAGAUGAAUCCGUUCGUUUCAGUUCUUCAUCUUUACGAUGUUGUUAAUACCCCUGGUGUUACUUCUGAUAUCAGUCACAUGGAUACUUCUGCUGUUGUUCGAGGAUUUUUGGGGCAAAAUCAGCUUGAGGAUGCACUUACAGGAAUUGCGAAGCGAUGUCCGAAGGCGAUUGUCAACUUGAUAAGCAAUCCCGUUAAUUCCACUGUCCCUAUUGCGGCUGAAGUUUUCAAAAGAGCCGGUACUUAUGACCCCAAGAGACUUUUGGGAGUCACAAUGCUUGAUGUUGUUAGGGCCAAUACGUUUGUGGCUGAAGUUAUGGGUCUUGAUCCAAGGGAUGUGGAUGUUCCUGUUGUGGGGGGACACGCCGGAGUCACAAUUUUGCCUCUUCUUUCUCAGGUUAAACCACCUUCCUCUUUCACCACAAAGGAAAUUGAGUACUUGACAGAUCGCAUACAAAACGGUGGAACUGAAGUUGUUGAGGCCAAAGCUGGAGCUGGGUCUGCAACACUAUCAAUGGCAUAUGCCGCUGUUAAAUUUGCAGAUGCGUGUCUUCGUGCGUUAAAAGGAGAGGCUGGAAUCAUUCAAUGUGCAUAUGUUGAUUCACAGGUGACCGAGCUCCCAUUCUUUGCAUCAAAAGUACGACUUGGCCGUGACGGAGUCGAGGAAUUUCUUCCUCUAGGUCCCUUAAGUGAUUAUGAGAGGGCGAGUUUAGAAAAGGCGAAGAAAGAGUUGGCAACAAGCGUGGAGAAAGGCAUUUCUUUCAUCAGAAAAUGA